UGCCGCCGUAUGCGAGGUACGAUGGAUCACAACGCGGAGAUCCGCCAUCUGGCCUUGGAGCUCUCGGACCUCGAGGUCGCUCUGUUUCUCUGCCUGGCAGUCCAUGAGCACUGUCGAGUCGAGACGACCGACACCCACAUCAAUGACGUUGCCAAAGAGCUCGCCCUGAUAUGCGCCAACACUUUCGAACUAUCUCACGCGAUCGUUGACUGCUCGCAUGCGACCACGUUCGACACGUUCCUGGCGGAAAUAUCAGCACCGCAGACCUCCAGGGACCAUGUGCGUCCUGCGCGUCCGCGCAUGACAACCGAGUCUUCGAGUACAUUACUCUCUGCUCACGACUUACAGGGCGGUCGGAGUCGUACGAAGUCGUCGAGGUCGCCCGGAUCCUCCUACGGCGUUUCCAAUGUCAUCAUAGCGAAGCACUUCGACCAUGUUGGAGACAACAUCCAACGAUCGGUGCUCGAGUUGAUGCGCUCGAAAAGUCUCUCCCUCCAGGCUGGAACCUGGCAAGCACCAGCAGACUUCCUUUUCGUGCCCCUGAUAGCACGCACGGGAGGACAAGACUCACCCUCGUUGAAUUCUCAUUUGAACGACCACUUCUUCAUCUCACACUACCAAGACCCCGAGGACAGCUACGCAUACUUAGAAGAAGACAGCGACUGGCUCUCGGAGGGACAAACAUCCGCUUCGUCCGUGAUCCGCAAAUCCGAAGCCCAACCGAAUAAAGGCCACCCACACAUAGAUCGAAAGACACUAGAUAAAGUACAGCAAUGCAGCGAAGCCGUCUCCGUGGGUGCGGACAUCAUCCGCUAUCAGCAAGAUAUUGUCGUCUUCCUGCGGCUCAGCCGCGCGGUGGCCGGCGGCAUCUCCACGCGAUCGAACCUGCAUUUCAAGGCAUUCUCCAGGUUGCUGGCUGUCUUGCAUGGCGUGGACUUCGUCACCCCGUCGAUCGCGGCCUUGGCUGCAAAGAAGGUCUUUCGCCAUCGGAUCGUGGUGGCUCGGCCUGAGGAGGACCGGAGCUUGCAGUAUGGGAGUGAUCUUGGGGCGGUGACGAAGGUGCUGGAGUACGCCAACCCGGAUACAAUCUUAGAGGGGGUGCUUACGCUGGAGGCGCCGUUGUAAUGGUGCUGCACCUGUCAUCGGGCUAAUUCUGGGGCCAUCAACCUCGCUGUAUCUGUAGUAGAAAUGUCAGUUUGGUUCCUGUUCCUGUUGGUUACGUCAACCUUUUGGGGCUAUGUUUUUGAUUUCUAGGACUAUCACUUCCAGUGUCUGAAGGACUACAGUAC